AUGCUUUCAGGAUCCAGAACUGCUUUGAGGGCUUCUGCUCAAGCUUUCAAGCUUCGCCUGCAAUUGCAGUCCAGCAUCAGAGCCGCCUCCGCCUGGUCGCAAGUGCCCCAAGGACCUCCUGCCAUCCUUGGUAUCACCGAGGCCUUCAAGGCUGACAGCCACCCCGAGAAGAUCAACCUUGGUAUGAUCCACCUGCGCCAUCAAGCAAAGACAAUAUCUGACCAUCCCAANGGUGUCGGCGCAUACCGUGACGACCAGGGCAAGCCCUACGUCCUGCCCUCAGUGAAGGAGGCCGAGCAAAGAGUUGUCAAGAAGAACCUUGACAAGGAAUACGCUGGCAUUACUGGUGUGCCCGACUUCACCAAGGCCGCCGCUGUCCUCGCAUACGGUCCUGACUCGGCACCUCUCAACGAGGGCAGAAUCGUCAUCACCCAGUCCAUCUCUGGUACCGGUGCUCUCAGAAUCGGUGGUGCUUUCCUCGAGCGCUUCUACCCUGGCGACAAGACCAUCUACAUCCCCAACCCCAGCUGGGCCAACCACAAUGCCGUCUUCAAGGAUUCAGGCCUCAAGGUUGAGAAGUACCGCUACUACAACAAGGACACCAUCGGUCUUGACUUUGAGGGUAUGGUCGAGGACAUCAAGAACAUGCCCAAGGGCAGCAUUGUCCUUCUCCACGCUUGCGCCCACAACCCCACUGGUGUCGACCCUACUGAGGACCAGUGGCGCGCUCUGAGCGAUGUUGUCAAGGAGAACGGCCACUACCCCUUCUUCGACAUGGCCUACCAGGGCUUUGCCAGUGGAAACACUGACAAGGAUGCCUUCCCCAUUCGCCACUUCAUCAAGGAGGGCCAUCAGAUCUCCCUCUGCCAGAGUUUCGCCAAGAACAUGCGUGUUGGUGCCUUCUCCAUCGUCUGCGCCGAUGCCGAGGAGAAGAAGCGUGUCGACUCUCAGAUCAAGAUCCUGGUCCGCCCUCUCUACUCCAACCCUCCCGUCCACGGUGCCCGUGUCGCCUCCACUAUCCUGAACGACCCUGAGCUUAACAAGCAAUGGUUGGGUGAGGUCAAGGGUAUGGCCGACCGCAUCAUCACCAUGCGUGCUCUUCUCAAGGAGAACCUCGAGAAGCUUGGUAGCAAGCACGACUGGAGCCACAUCACCAGCCAAAUCGGCAUGUUUGCCUACACCGGUCUCAAGCCUGAGCAGAUGGACGCCUUGGCCAAGGAGCACAGCGUCUAUGCCACCAAGGACGGCAGAAUCUCCGUCGCUGGUAUCACCUCUGCCAACGUCAAGCGUCUUGCCGAGUCCAUCUACAAGGUCACUGGUUAA